CCGGUGUCUAUUUAAAAAUACACGUUUAUUAUACAUUUCCAAAUAUUUUUUAUUAUCAUAAUGUUCGCUAAUUUAUCGAAGAAUUCAAUAGCUCACAAAUUUAAGCCCGGAUAUAUAUAUUGUAAAGAUAUAUCUAGUCAUAAAGGAAACUCAAAUAUACAUACCACCAAUGCUUCGGCUACUGCUCAUACAAACCCUCCCAAUAUAUUUAAAACUCAAGAUAGGGCAAAAUCUCAAGCUGCAGAAGUUGAUAGUCCUAGUUUUUUUGAAAUGGUGGAAACUUAUUUUGUUAAAGCAUGUUCAUAUUUAGAAGAUUCACUUGCCGAGAAAUAUGCCAAAAAAGGAGAUAAUAAAGCUGAUAAUGUAAAAAAGGUUAGAGGCAUUUUAAAAAUAAUCCAACCAUGUCACCACUUUUUAUCAGUUGCUUUUCCAAUAAAAAAAGACAAUGGUGAUUAUGAAAUGAUAUAUGGAUGGAGAGCCCAGCAUAGUCAACAUAGAACUCCAUGUAAAGGAGGUAUCCGCUAUAGUCCUGAUGUGAAUGCCGAUGAAGUUAGAGCAUUAGCAGCACUUAUGACUUACAAAUGUGCAGUUGUACAUGCACCUUUUGGUGGUGCUAAGGCGGGUGUCAAGAUAGACCCAAAGAAUUACAGUGAAUGGGAAAUUGAGAAGAUAACUCGCAGAUUUGCCAUUGAACUUGCUAAAAAGGGAUUUAUAGGUCCUGGUGUUGAUGUUCCAGCGCCUGAUAUGGGAACUGGUGCCAGAGAGAUGGCAUGGAUCGCCGAUACUUAUGCCAUGACUGUAGGACAUUUAGAUAUAAACGCUCAUGCCUGCGUUACAGGCAAACCGAUAUCCAUGGGCGGUAUACACGGUAGAACAUCCGCGACUGGCAGAGGUCUAUAUCACGGCCUUGAAAACUUCGUCAAUCAAUCCGGCCUCAUGCAACAAAUAGGCAUCAAAGAGCCAGGAUUAAAAGAUAAAACUUUCAUAGUUCAAGGUUUUGGAAACGUAGGAAUGCACUCUAUGAGAUAUCUACACAGGGCUGGAGCAAAAUGCUUGGCUAUUCAGGAAAAAGAUGGCGGCAUCAAGUCUAAAAAUGGAGACUCUAUUGAUCCCAAAGAUCUCGAGGAUUACAAGAUUUCUAAUGGAACCAUAUUCGGGUUCCCUGGUACGGAUCUCAUCAAAGAUAGGAACCUGAUAUUCGAUCAAUGCGAUAUAUUAGUGCCAGCGGCAGGCGAAAAAGUUAUCAACAAAUUUAAUGCUCACCAAGUCAAGGCUAAAAUUAUAGCUGAAGGUGCUAAUGGUCCGAUAACUCCCGAAGCCCACAAACUUCUGCUUCACAACAAAGUUUUAAUACUUCCAGACUUGUUCAUAAAUGCUGGCGGCGUAACGGUUUCUUACUUUGAGUGGCUCAAAAAUCUUAAUCACGUUAGUUUUGGUCGCCUACAUUUCAAAUACGAGAAGGAAUCGAACAAUUUACUUUUAAAGAGCGUUCAAGAAUCGUUGGAAAAAAAGUUUGGCAAAGGAAGUAUUACUAUUGAUCCUGCCGAAGCAUUCAAGAAACGUAUAGCGGGUGCUUCUGAAAAAGAUAUUGUUCACUCUGGCCUGGAAUACACUAUGGAAAGAUCUGCUAAAAAUAUCAUGCAAAUUAUGGAUGAACAUAAAUUGGGAUUGGAUGUCAGAACAGCCGCAUUUAUUUACGCCAUAUCAAAAAUAUUCACGAGUUACAAAGAAGCGGGGCUGACUUUUACUUAAAUCUAUUAAUUUCUAGGAAAUAAUAAAUAUCAUGCGUAAAAAGAGAAUACAAAAUUAUUUUAAUUUUUAUUCUUUUUUGGUAUAAAUUUUUUUAUAAUGAUUAAGCAAAUAUUCUUAUACCAAUUACGAAUUUGAUUGAUGCUUUACUUUAAAAAUAUGAUUUAACUAUUACAUAUUAUCACUUUUAUUAUAUUAUAGUACAUUCACAAUUAAUGCCAACAUGAUCUUACGAUUUUUUUAUUAGCCAAUUAUUAUAUUUAAUUGAACCCACACUGUGAUCUUUUUGUCUUCUUUCUUUUAUAUUCCGGUGAACGUAUUUAUUUUCUUCUUAUCUUUUUUGAUAAAAUUAUGAAUAUUAUUAUAUUUUAUUUAAGUCUUAAAUAUAUAUGGUCAUUAUUGGAUACUCAUCAAAUUAUACUAACAUUACAUGUUUAUAAUAUGGUUGCUUAAUCUGUUUUAAUACACCAUUCAUUACAAUAGUUUGCUUU